UAAAAAUCACUGCCCCACCCCUUUUUUUUUACAUUUAACAUCAACAACACCAAUGACCUUGUCAUUGCCCGUGAGACUUCUUCAAAGAAGUACGUUGCUGUCUUGACCAAGUUUAAUCCGAUACUUCUUGCCGGAAGAGAAUUCUCUUCAACUCUAGUUGUUCGUGAAUCCUGCCAAGGCAUAUGGGGCUAAGCAUAAUAUUGGAUUCAUCGCUUAUUCUUCUUCAAGCACCCGUAUAAGAAUGAUCUAAAAAAAAAAGAAGAAAAGAAAGACUGUAGUCACACUCCCACAAGGCAAAACAUAAUCAUCCAAUUGUGGAAGACGGUAGAGAAUAUGCCAUGCAUCGAAAACUCUCCCCUGAAGCCAAGAUUCUUGUCACAAAGCACCUGGAGGACAAUGAUAAUGUUUCCACAAUCGUCAACGAUUUUGAAGAAAAAUGGAUUCACCAAUAUCAAGCAGCAGUUUGGAAAGUCCGAACAAUAUAAGACGAAUAGCCAUCGAAUGACUUUUGUCAACAUUGUUGGUACCAGCAACGUCAGAGGAAAUUCUCGUACGACUUUGAUGACGUUUCCGAUUGCUAGAGCUUGGGUGGAACACAAAACAACAGCCAACUAUCUCUUGGUAAACUUUGGUGUCUGCGCGAUUCCGUUUGUCCAGAUGUGGGUGAUAGCAGCAGUAACGGCCAAAAGGACUACAACAACAACUGUUCUCCCAAGUGUGUUUACCACCGACAAUAAGAAAGCAUUGAGGAAUGCAAUCACCAAUGAAGGAAGAUGAGACUGGCGACAAAAGAGGCUUCUGGAUGAGUUGACCGGUCAUCUCGAACAAAUUGCUUUGAAGCAUACAAUUCUGAAGAAGAAAAUAAGGAGAUUAAGGUGUGCCUCGGCCUUGCAAAAAAGAAGCUGGAACUUUUCUUGAAAGAAAAAAGAAAUGGAUGGCAAAGAAUACUUGGGUAAACACUUGUUUACAAGUAAUUUCCCUCACUUUGGCAAUCGCACCAAGUCAAAUAUCCGAGAUAUUUUUUUCUUCAGAAGCAGACGGCAAUUGUGGGUAUAGAGCAGUAGCGAUGGAAAAUAUGCCUGCAUCCACAAACCGGCUUAUCCGCAGUCUACAGGACAAACGCUCGCGCCUCCCACAACAACAUUACAUUGGUUUGGUACAAUUGACCACCCACAAAACGUAGCCAACGCGUACAACAGAAACGGGCGACUGUCUCUUUGUGCCACUAACCACACCAGACAAGUUCGAGCCAAUUAUUCUAAUUCUAAUAAACCACUUUUCAUUCGCCUUUACUGUAUAAGAAAUUCGUACAAACAAAAAAAUCAAUAUUGCAUUAAUAAUUUAUCUACUUGUUGGACUUCAUAUAUCAAUUUUUAUUAAUAUUAAUAUUAAUAUAUAUAUAUAUAAUGAAUAU